UACAGUAGUUCUACUGCAGAGCGCAUUCACUUCGGGAUCACCGAUAUUGUCGUAGGCUUUCAUGCCUGUAGCAGAACCAUGCAACAGCGCAUGUGCGACUUGAAAGAAGACCGAAAAUUGCGCAUCAAUGUUGUUGCUCGGAUGAAUCUUGUUCGGUGUUGGAUCUCCAACCAACAGGAUGUUCGUUGGUGGCAUUUGUAGUUGUAUGGCGGUAAUGUCCGAAAGCCUGCAGGCGUGUGUGCUGUGCAACUUGCCGGCCAUCUCGAUGAAGGUAUGUGUCAUACGACACGCAGGAUACGGCUUCAGACUUGAUUGUAACCACACCCAGACCUUUCCGAGCCCUGCAGUUAGGCGUUGCAGAUCCUGAUCGGACUUAGGACUGUAAGCUUGCAGAAACCCAUACUUCCCUUCGAUGCUUCGGCUUGCGCCAAUGACGCCUGCUUCUGCCAGAGCGACGCAGAUGAAGGCAUCGUGCGCGGCAAAACCAGGAUGAAGACGCUUAUUCCACGAUCCGUUGUCCAAGUACUGCAUGGACCCCGCAGCUUUACUGGCAGCAAGACCAAAAGCGGACUCGACCAGAUCUGGAGGGAGAUGUUUCAGGACCGCAAUGGCUGCCACUGCCCCGAAAAUGCCAGCGGUCCCUGUGUUGUGAAAUCUUUGACUCGUCAGUGCCCGUGGGCUCUCCAUACAGCUCAAAGUCUCACCCGCGAUGAUACGACUCCGUCCCAAGCUCACGACCCAAACGACAAGUCACUUCAUAGCCCACUGCGAUCGCCAACAUGGCCUCCUCAAUCGACGUUGAUUCUCCGAGAACUUCAGCUUGUGUCAUUACUGCUGAGAUUGUGGUGA